AUGGAUGUACUUCCAAUGUGUAGCAUCUUUCAGGAACUCCAAAUUGUUCACGACACUGGUUACUUCUCCGCUUUGCCAUCUCUGGAGGAAUACUGGCAACAGACUUGCUUAGAGUUGGAGCGAUAUCUUCAGAGUGAGCCCUGCUACAUGUCUGCCUCUGAGAUAAAAUUUGACAAUCAGGAUGAUUUGUGGACCAAAAUUAUUUUGGCACGAGAGAAAAAAGAGGAAUCUGAACUAAAGACUCCAAAGGAGGACAUCUUUAGCGAAUCUUCAGACAGUUCUGAGGAACUUUCUCCUACAACAAAAUUUACCUCUGCUCUCAUAAGUGAUGUCUUAGGCUUAGCCAAUGCUGGAAACUUGAGUUCAUCUGUCACAUCUACUCCUCCUCCUUCCCCUGAGUUGGGCAAGGAACCAAGUUCUCAACCAUGGAAUUGUGCCCCCAGUGAAUUGCAUUCACCUGGCAAAAUCCGUACUGGUGGAAAGACUGUGGAAAAGGGUAUCCUGGCCAGUGGAGAUGCCUCUCCUGAUGGGAGGAGGUGGGUUCAUCGAUGUCACUUCAAUGGGUGCCAGAAGGUUUAUACCAAAAGUUCACAUCUGAAAGCACAUGAGCGUACCCAUACGGGAGAAAAGCCUUACAGAUGUUCAUGGGAAGGAUGUGAGUGGUGUUUUGCAAGGAGUGAUGAGCUAACCAGGCAUUUUAGAAAGCACACUGGUGCAAAGCCCUUUAAAUGUAGUCAUUGUGACAGGUGCUUCUCCAGGUCUGAUCAUCUGGCUCUUCACAUGAAGAGGCAUCUCUGA